AUUGCAGCUGUAAUUAAAGAAUGCCAUCUCGUCACACUGUCACUGAAGAGCCAAACCUUAGAUGCAGAAGCAGAUGUGUUAUGUGCAGUCCUUUACAGCAAUCACAACAGAAUGGGCCACCACAAACCCCAUUUGGCCCUCAGACAGGUUGAACAAUGUUUAAAACGUUUGAGAAACAUGAAUUUGGUGGGUUCAAUUCAAGAUCUGUCUGAGUUGUUUACUUCCAAUGAAAAUCAUCCUGUAACUCCCAAAGUGUGUGUCAUCCCCAGUCAACCAGUAGUGGAGUUGGUGUUGAUGAAGGUUUUGGGAGCCUGCAAGUUGUUACUCCGCUUGUUGGACUGCUGCUGCAAGGCAUUUCUCUUGACUGUGAAACAUCUAGGUUUACAAGAGUUCAUUAUUUUAAACCUUGUGAUGGUUGGGCUGGUAAGCAGGUUAUGGUAUGUAUAUAUCUCUGAAAUCCUUCAUUUCUUUUUUAACUCUCCACCUCAGCCUAGGUUUAUUAGUAGUUUUCAUAUUUGUUUUCUCAUGGGUUAUUGAAGGUGCAGGAGUUCCCUUUCUUUAUUUGAGUAGAGCUUAUUUGUGGUAAAGUGAUGAUGGUUAUACCAAAGGACUA